UCGCCAACCUGACAGGGGAGGGGGCACUGUACCAGCUCGCAACCUCAGCGACAGAAUUCCACCUCUACAUGGAAAAGCAAUUCAGUCACGACCAGUGUCAGUGCAGCCUUUAACAUUGGGAUAAUUCAGGCGCCUUAGGGACGGUACAGCGACAAUUCAACCGCUGUUUCGGACCAACAAAUUCUGGAAAUUAACAACCCCUGUUACAAAAUAUACAAAUAUAUAUAUUUACUCACAAACUCUCCACUCUUUUUUAAAAAAAAAAUGUUUUAGUAUUGGAACACUGCCUGUGAUGUUUGGGCAUUGAGAGCUUUAUGGAAAACCGUUUAUACUGGUGGGCACAGACUUUGUGGGCCUUAAGCAGUGGUGUUGAUGCACAGAGGCAAUAGGCUGAGGAUGGACUUAUUGUAUCUCCUGGCUUUCACAAUGGUGUUUGGACACUGCAGUGGUGUAAGGGGCCCCCCGAGGAUUGCUAAGAAAGUGAUGAGCAGGCAGGCGGUCAGGCUUGGCCGCACGGUCAGGUUGGCCUGUCCUGUCGAGGGUGACCCUCCUCCGCUGACCAUGUGGAUCAAAGACGGCCGCACCAUCCACAGCGGCUGGACGAGGUUCCGAGUCCUUCAGCACGGUCUCAAAAUCAAGGAGGUGGAAAUGGAGGACGCAGGAGUGUACGUCUGCAGAGCAACCAAUGGCUUUGGCAGCAUCCAUCUCAACUACACCCUCAUCAUCAUCAAUGACAGCAGUAGUAGCAGUGUGAGCAGUGGUCAGCCCCUUCCCGAGGGAUCGCAGUCAGACUUUGCAAGUGAAGACAUCCCUGGAAAGCAGCUGGUGAAGCCUCGGUUUACACAGCCCAGUAAGAUGCGGCAGCGGGUGAUAGCGAGGCCUGUUGGCAGCUCAGUCCGGCUGAAGUGCACGGCGAGCGGGAACCCCCGGCCCAACAUCGUGUGGUGGAAGGACGACCAGCAGCUGUCGGAGAACAAGAGGAACAGGUGGACCCUGAGCCUGAGGAAUCUCAAACCCGAGAGCAGCGGGAAGUACACGUGCCACGUCUUCAACUCGGCCGGAGAGAUCAACGCCACCUAUAAACUCGAUGUGGUCGAGAGGACAAGAUCCAAGCCUGUUUUAACCGGCACUCAUCCAGUGAACACCACCGUCGAGUAUGGAGGUACGACGUCCUUCCAGUGUAAGGUACGCAGCGAUGUGAAGCCUGUGGUCCAGUGGCUAAGACGCGUGGAGUAUGGGACUGAGAGCAAGUACAAUUCCACCAUCGAGGUCGGGGGUCAGAGGUUUGUGGUCCUGCCGGCCGGUGAUGUCUGGUUUCGCCCAGAUGGUUCUUACCUCAACAAGCUGCUAAUAGCACGGGCAACGGAAGACCACUCCGGCAUGUACAUCUGCCUGGGGGCCAACACCAUGGGCUACAGCUUCCGCAGCGCCUACCUCACUGUGCUCCCAGGUGGGUCAGCCAUCUUGCUUUGGGUUAAGAAAUCAACUUGGAAUGACUCAGGAACAUUGAGAUAGAACAGGGCAGACACGAACCUGUUCAAUGUAACUCCUAACCCUCAUCAUUAACAAUGAAUUGAAUAUCCUUUUGUCACUUGUACUCCUGUACAAGUACCUAGGUACAAAUCUUACAGAGUAAAAAAUAUUGUUGUUAUACAAAAAAGGAUUAAAAGGAAAGCAGUAGCAUUACUUACAGUGUCCAAGAAUGACUAAGAAAUGAGGUAGUUAUAACAUUGUGAGAAGGAUUUACAUUACAAUCCAGUUAAGUCCCAAAAUGACCCAUUCUAACGUAGCAAUUCUUUGUGAUACCCAUUUAAAUCCCUCUCCGAAUUAAGUUUCCAAUGUCUUCCUGAAGUCAUAGAGUCAUACAGCACAGAAACAGACCCUUCAGCCCAACUCGUCCAAGCCGACCAGGAUUCCGG